UAGCUCGACCGGUUCGAAACCUGCAACCCUCCCGUUUCCUCGGAACACUAUCGAAUUUUGUCCUUUUUCCCCGGCGCUCUCACGUUUCAAUCUUUUUUCCCCGUAUUUUAACCAUGAAAUAAAAUGCCCGAGCAGCACAGCUUCCGGUCCACUCGGCAACAUUCGGGCAAAAUCGGCGUAUCUCGUCCUGUAACCGGCCAAGCAGACCUUCAAAAUAAAAUUACACACGCUUCACCACAGAACGAUGUCGGGUCUUCACACCAGCAAUAUAUACUGUAUAUAGUACAUAAAUAUAGAAUAACAUAUAUUUUUAAAAGGCUUGGCUGGUUCCUCUGCUAACAGAAGACGCUGUCUCAAGUAGUGUCCCUUGCGUUGUGUAGCGCCGUUGACAGUGGUGUCACCGGAUCAUUUCUGCUCAGAGUCCGUAAGGAAGCAGUCAGGCUUUUUGUCCUGAUGGCGUCACCGUAGCUCGCCUCUACGUAUUAGCAACAACUGUUGUUCAGUUGCUACGAAGAUUUUCCGGAGUCUUUUCUCUUGGGUGAGGAAUCGUCGACAAAGCUCAAGAUCCCAUAACGAUUUAUCCUGUUGAGGGUAGCGGGGAGCUGGAGCCUAUCCCAGCUAGCGGUUCACAUUCGCCUAGUGGGAACUGAACCCACUCUGCCCGCACAGAGGAAGUCAGGCCCUUGGCUAUGGCGCAAGACUUACUGGGAGAAGAGGGCAUUUUUUUUGAUGACCUCAACAAGCUUCGAGCACUCGAACCAGAUGUCAGCCAAAAGACCACCGAGCUCAAGGAAGAGUGCAAAGAAUUUGUCAACAAAAUUGGACAGUUUCAGAACAAGGUUGGAGGUCUGAUCCAGCUGGUGGACGAGCUGGCAAAGGAGACGGAGACAGAAAAGUUCAAGGUCAUUGGAGCAAGAAACCUGCUGAAGUUGGUGGCAAAGCAGAGAGAAGCUUUGCAGCAGCAGCUUCAGGCUCUCAUCGACGAGAAGAAGAUGCAACUUGAAAGGUACUGCAUCGAGUGCGAGGCCCUGUCUAAAGUGGAAUCCGAACAGAACGAGUUUAUCAACCAGUUUAUUCUGCAAAACUGAUCAGGAAGCGAGCCGGUGUUCAUUCAGGUAUAAAGGGCGGCCAUCUCACACGUGGAAGGUUUAGGUUGGACUCCAGGUGCUCUCUUAAGUCCACUUAGAUCCUCCAGAUGCUUGUGCUGCUGAGUCGUUGGUGAAUGAAUGCAUGAGCAUGUGUUUCCAUUCAAGACAAACAACAUACCUACAGACCGGCCAUAAAUGAAUCAAUGAAUGUUUGGGAAAUACUGUACAUGCUAACGUUGAUUUAGUAACCAAAUGUACAUUCAUUUGGUGCAUGUUAGUGACUUGAGAAAACAUGUUGCGGUCAGAUUUUAGUAAAUAAAAACAAUUUGUUCCUGGAGGGAAGAAAAAGACAUACAGUACAUGUUUUCAUUGGGCAGUGAUGAUGUACUGUGUAAAUGAUGAGACUUGUACAUGUCAAUAGAAUAGCAUUCUUUUUUGAUAAGUGCAUGUUUUAUAUCGAAAUCUCACUUUUAUUUAUGAUUAAAUUAACAAACUCGCUGGACUAAUA